CGCUUUAGCUCCGGGGCAGUAGACGUGCCUGAGACACGUUGGCCUGCCGAGGGUGAGACGCCUGAUCCGAGGUCGGGUACAACGAUCCCCAGCGCAACCCCGACACCAUGGCGGACAGCCGGGAUCCAGCCAGCGACCAGAUGAAGCUUUGGAAGGAGGGGCGGGCCACGCAGAAACCUGAUGUCCUCACCACUGGGGCCGGUCAUCCAAUAGGAGAUAAACUUAAUAUCAUGACAGUAGGGGCGCGGGGGCCCCUUCUUGUCCAGGAUGUGGUGUUCACUGAUGAAAUGGCCCACUUUGACCGGGAGAGAAUUCCUGAAAGAGUUGUGCAUGCUAAAGGAGCAGGGGCUUUUGGCUACUUUGAGGUCACGCACGACAUUACCAAAUACUGCAAGGCAAAGGUGUUCGAGCAUAUUGGGAAAAGGACUCCCAUUGCAGUUCGAUUCUCCACUGUUGCUGGAGAAGCGGGCUCAGCGGAUACAGUUCGUGACCCUCGUGGGUUUGCAGUGAAAUUUUACACAGAAGAUGGUAAUUGGGAUCUUGUGGGGAAUAACACCCCUAUUUUCUUCAUCAGGGAUGCCAUACUGUUUCCAUCCUUCGUCCACAGCCAAAAGAGAAACCCUCAAACACACCUGAAGGACCCAGACAUGGUCUGGGACUUCUGGAGCCUUCGUCCCGAGUCUCUGCAUCAGGUUUCCUUUUUGUUCAGUGAUCGGGGGAUUCCAGAUGGACACAGGCACAUGAAUGGAUAUGGAUCGCAUACUUUCAAGCUGCUUAAUGCGAAGGGAGAGGCAGUUUAUUGCAAAUUCCAUUAUAAGACCGACCAGGGCAUCAAAAACCUUUCGGUGAAAGAUGCAGAAAGACUUUGCCAGCAGGACCCUGACUAUGGCCUCCGGGAUCUUUUCAAUGCCAUUGCCACCGGCAACUAUCCCUCCUGGACAUUUUACAUCCAGGUCAUGACGUUUUCUCAGGCAGAAACUUUUCCAUUUAAUCCAUUUGAUGUUACCAAGGUUUGGCCUCACAAGGACUACCCUCUUAUCCCGGUUGGUAAGCUGGUGUUAAAUCGGAAUCCAGUUAACUACUUUGCUGAGGUUGAACAACUGGCCUUUGACCCGAGCAACAUGCCGCCUGGCAUUGAGCCCAGCCCUGACAAAAUGCUACAGGGCCGCCUUUUCUCCUAUCCUGACACUCACCGCCACCGCCUGGGACCCAACUAUCUUCAGAUACCUGUAAACUGUCCCUUCCGUGCUCGAGUGGCCAACUACCAGCGUGAUGGCCCCAUGUGCAUGUUUGACAACCAGGGUGGUGCUCCCAAUUACUACCCCAACAGCUUUAGCACGCCCGAGCAACAGCCGAAUUACGCCUGGGAACACAGCGCCUCGUUCUCUGGGGAUGUGCGGCGCUACAACAGUGGCGAUGAGGAUAAUGUCACUCAGGUGCGGACGUUCUAUACGACCGUACUGAAUGAAGAGGAGAGGAAGCGCUUGUGUGAGAACAUUGCCGGCCAUCUGAAAGAGGCGCAGCUUUUCAUCCAGAGGAAAGCGGUCAAGAACUUCACUGAUGUCCAUCCUGAGUAUGGGGCCCGCGUCCAGGCUCUUUUGGACAAAUACAACGCUGAGAAAUCUAAGAACGCGAUUCACACCUUUGUGCAGCACGGGUCGCCCUUGGCUGCAAGGGAGAAAGCUAACCUGUGAGGGUCGGAGCCCUGGUCAGGGGCCAAGUUGUUCGCCGCCUGUGAAGCAAAGCAUGGUAUUCACACACAUAGUCCACUCACCGCUGAUAGAAGAGUCUUCUGAGCUAGCUGUGCAAAUGCAAGUCUUUAAAGUGAUCAUCUAGGUUUCGAUAACAAAUAGUGUCAUAAUGGCUUUUAAUGCUAUAUCCUUAGGGGAAGAUGAAGAUUAGGGCUAACAAUCAUUUAAAAGAAACAUGUAUUUGCUUUUGACAAUUGCUUGGAUUAUUUACUUACAGGGACUAGAAUGAAAGUUUCUAGCAGCAAUAUAAUUUUAGUUGAUAAGAUAAAAUAAAUGAAAUGAAUAUGUUUACAUAUCAUCUCAUGGCCUAUUAUAGAAAAAUAUGGAUGCAGUUAUAUAUGAAGAAGAGAUAAAGAUAAUUCACUUAGAAAUUUAAUUUUCCUAAGUUCCUUAUAGGAAAAACACAUUUAAAGCCUUAAUGUCUUUUGAAAAUAACUUAAAUACCAUCAUGGUUUAAUGGUUAUUUCUUCUUUGAAUUGAUCAGAUUAAAACAAAAAACAACUUGGAAUUACAUGUAUGCUAAUACAACAUUAAUUUUAUAAUAGAAUGAUUUGUAAUUAUCACAUUUUUACAAUAAAAUAAUCUUUACAUAAGAAUAGAAGAA